AUGCUACAGAAGGCCAAAGCACCCGCUGCGAAGAAGCCAGCUGCGCCUAAACCGAAAGCCACCAAACAAACGACUCUCACGAAGACCACAAAAGCGGCACCGAAAGCUGCACCGAAACCGAAGAAGCGCGCAAAGCCCGACUCGGAUGAAGAGAACUCAGACGUCGAUAUGGACUCCCUCAACGACGACUCGCUCCUUUCGAACACCCCUCCUUCCUCCAAGAAACAGAAGAAGGCACCCGCCGCAAAGAAGACUGGUGGCAAGCCUCUGGAGGAGAACGCGAAUGAGAGCUUCGGGAUGGACGUGUCGAAGAGUCCUAAAGCGCCGGCGAAAAAGGGCGGUGCGAGCGACCAAUAUCAGAGACUCACUCAACUCGAGCACAUUCUAAAGCGUCCGGAUACCUAUAUUGGCUCUGUGGAACGAACGACCGAGCAAAUGUGGGUUUUCAACUCGGAGACAGAAGUCAUGGAGAACCGCAAGGUCAGUUUCGUGCCAGGCCUUUACAAGAUCUUUGAUGAAAUCCUGGUCAAUGCUGCAGACAACAAACAGCGCGACAAGAACAUGACGGAAAUGCGCGUUUGGGUCAAUCGGGAGCAGGGAUGCAUCUCCGUCAGGAACAACGGCCGCGGAAUUCCGAUCGAGAUGCACGCAAAAGAGGGCAUAUACAUCCCAGAGAUGAUUUUUGGUCACCUCCUGACAGGCUCGAACUACGAUGACGAUCAGGCAAAGACUACUGGAGGUCGCAACGGCUACGGUGCGAAGCUUGCGAACAUCUACAGCACCGAAUUCGAGCUGGACACUGUAGACAUGAAGACGAAGCAGCGCUACCGACAGGUUUGGAAGAACAACAUGAGCGUCAUGGGCAAGGCGAACAUCGGCAAGGUCAAGUCCGGCGAUGACUACACGCAGAUCACGUUCAAGCCCGACUUUCGCAAAUUCGGGAUGGAUCAAAUGGACGACGACUUUGAGGCACUCGUGAAGCGCCGAGUCUACGAUAUGGCUGGAACCGUGAAGGGUCUCAAGGUCUACCUGAACGAUACACGCAUCAAAAUCAGCAAAUUCAAGCAGUAUAUGGAGAUGUACACCAAAGCCAUCAAGACAGAGAAUGCCGCAAACAACGGCGAUGCUCCCGAGCAGGUUAUUCUCACAGAUUCACCUCAUGAGCGCUGGGAGAUUGGUUUUGCAGUUUCCGAUGGCUCUUUUCAGCAGGUCUCGUUCGUGAACUCGAUCGCCACUACGCAUGGAGGCUCUCAUGUCAACUACAUCGCCGACCAGAUUUGUGAUAAGCUGGAGGAACACGUCAACAAGAAGAAGAACAAUCAAGGUGGUGUGAAGUUGAAGAAGGCCCAGAUCAAGAACCACAUUUUCCUCUUCGUCAACAGCCAGAUCGUCAACCCAGCCUUUACGUCUCAGACGAAGGAGCAACUCACUACCAAAGUCAGCUCAUUCGGAAGCAAGCCUCAGGUCAGCGAGAAAUUCUUGAAGGAUAUCCUCAAAACCGAGGCCGUCAGCAACAUCAUUCACUUCGCACAGCAGAAGGCCGACAAGCUGUUGUCAAAGUCCGAUGGAAAUCGACGUACGCGCAUGAACAACUCCAAGUUGACAGAUGCGAACAAGGCUGGCACCAAGGACGGACACAGGUGUACUCUGAUCUUGACUGAAGGUGAUUCUGCUGCCCUGCUUGCCCUGGCUGGACGUGCUGUGGUCAAUCCCGACCACUUCGGUGUCUUCCCGUUGCGAGGAAAGAUCUUGAACGUUCGCGAUGCAUCUGUUGAUCAGAUUUCGAAGAACGCUGAGAUUCAGAACAUCAAGAAGUUCUUGGGGCUCCAGCACAAGAAGGAGUACACUGAUGCAAAGAGCUUGCGAUAUGGGCAUUUGAUGAUCAUGACCGAUCAGGAUCACGACGGCUCUCACAUCAAAGGCCUUCUCAUCAACUUCUUGCAGGUGCAGUUUCCUUCGCUGCUCAAGAUUCCCGAAUUCCUACUCGAGUUCAUCACACCCAUCGUCAAGGUCUGGAAGGGCGAUCCAAAGAACCCCAAAGCGAAGCGCGACUUCUUCACCAUGCCUGAGUAUGAAGCAUGGAGACAAGAACCUGGCAACCAGAAAGGAUGGGACCACAAAUACUUCAAGGGACUGGGUACUUCCGACACCCGUGACGCUCAGAUUUACUUCUCCGAUCUUGACAAGCAUCUCAAGACCUUCCACACCAUGCAAGAAGGUGAGCCGGAGCUUAUUGAUCUUGCGUUCUCCAAGAAGAAAGCCGACGCGCGCAAGACCUGGCUAGGCAACUUCGUACCCGGCACCUAUCUCGACAUGUCUUCGACUGAGGACAUCACUUAUGACGACUUCAUCAACAAAGAGCUCAUCCUUUUCUCGAUGGCCGACAACAUGCGAUCCAUUCCCUCUGUCGUCGAUGGUCUCAAGCCAGGUCAGCGCAAGGUGAUGUACACUUGUUUCCGGCGGAACCUGAAGAAAGACGUCAAGGUGGUGGAGCUUGCCGGCUCGGUCUCAGGGUUGACAGCAUACUCGUACGGAGAAACGUCACUGCAGCAGACUAUCGUUGGUCUGGCUCAGACUUUUGUGGGUUCAAACAACAUCAACAUUCUCGAACCCAGCGGCAAUUUCGGUUCUCGAUUGCAGGGUGGAAGCGACGCUGCCAGCGCACGUUACAUCUACACGAGACUGUCUCCCUUCGCUAGGAGGCUCUUCCAUCAGACCGACGAGGCGUUGUUGACCUACAAUACUGAUGACGGAAAGACGAUCGAGCCAGAGAUGUACAUCCCGAUCGUUCCCAUGAUCCUCAUCAACGGCGCUGAUGGUAUUGGUACGGGCUGGAGCACGUCCAUUCCCAAUUACCGGCCGGAGGAGGUCAUUGCGAAUCUUAAGCGGCGCAUGGACGGCGAUUCAAAAGAGUCAAUGGUUCCCAUGAUGCCUUGGUUCCGCGGUUGGACCGGUGUGACAGAGCAACUCGCCGACGAACGCUACAAGUUCGGUGGAAAGAUUCGCAAGAGCGGACCGAAUGAGGUUGAAAUCACCGAGCUUCCAGUGCGUUACUGGACUCAGGACUUCAAAGACAAGCUGGAAGAGAUCCUGAAAGCAGAGAAAACUCCAUCGUUCAUCAAGGACUAUACCGAGUACAACACUCCGGAAGAUGUGCACUUCAUCAUCAAGAUGGAGGAGAAGAAGAUGCAGGAGAACGAGGAGAAGCUUGAAGAGCUGUUCAAGCUCUCAAGAACGAUGGCAACUUCCAAUCUGGUGGCAUUCGACCCGCAAGGUCGUAUCCACAAGUACGCCACUCCACUGGACAUCAUGGAAGAGUUCUAUCACGUCCGCCUUCGAAUGUACCACAAGCGCAAGGCCUACAUGCUCUCUGAGAUGCAGCGCGAACUAGAGAAGCUGACGAAUCAGGCGCGCUUCAUCAAGAUGAUCAUCGAUGGCAAGCUCGUUGUCAGCAAGAAGAAGAAGUCGGUCCUUGUUACCGAACUUCAGAAGCUGAACUUCACGCGCUUUCCCAAAGUCACCGAUGCGCGGAAGGAAGGCGAAUUCGAAGCUGUUGUGCAGGAGAAUCACGAGGCAGACGAUGAUGAAGACACUGCUGCGGGUGCGAGCGACUACGACUACUUGCUCGGAAUGGCCAUCUGGUCGCUUACGCAAGAGCGCGUUGAGAAGCUCAUGCGCCAGAUUGGUGACAAGGAGGAUGAGAUCACAGUCCUGACCAGCAAGUCGGCGCAGGAUUUGUGGAAGACUGAUCUCGAUGAGCUUCUUGCUGAGUGGCACACGCAGCUUGAAGAAGAGGUCGCGCGCGACAAGAAGGUCAAGUCCAAGACUCGCCGUCGCUCCGCCAAGCUUGGCGUUGGAGGGAAGGCUGGGAAGAAGCGCAAGGCUGAUGACAGCGACAACUUCUCGGAUGAUGACUUCGGUCCCAAGAAGGCGAAGACCGCUCCCAAGGCCAAAUCCAAGGCCGUCGAGGGCCUGCUCGGGAUGGGGAAGCUCGAGUACAAGCCGGCCGGAGUGUACCCGAUCGUCAACGCACCUGUGGUGAAAGAAAAGGCGGUUCCAGCGAAGAAGCCUUCGGUCGCCAAGAAGGUCGUUAAGAAUGAAGACAGCGAUGUCGACAUGGACUCUGAGCCAGUGCCGACCAAGAAGCGCGGCCGGCAGACUCAGCGAGUUGUCGAGCUCGAUGACGAUGCGGAUGAAGACGACGAUGUCUUCUCCGCGGUCGCGAAGGAAGCAGCCACGAGACCGCCUGCGCGCGCUGGUCGAGCUGCUGCCCAGAAGAAGAAGACCUACACCAUCGCCUCCGACGACGACGACGACGAUUCAUCCCUAGGCGGCAAUGACAUUCUAGACGACGUUUCUGCAAUGGUCAAGGGCGUCGGUAGCGGCAGUAACGACGGACCGACUCGUCUCUUCCACCCUGCUUCGACGUCACGUCCGACUAGCAGCCAUGGGCUCAAGAAGAGGUCUAGCAGAAAGGACUUGGGCGGCGAUAGCAUCUCCGAAGACGAGACUGACUGGGCUGGCUUGGCGCAGAACUCACCGCAAAAGGCCACCAACCGCACCAUGCUGUCCGAAGACGAGGACACCAUGGACAUUGAUGUGCCAAAUCCGGUCUCGAAGCCAGCCCCUAUCUCCAAGGCUGUUCCGAAGCCUAAGGCGGCUCCGAAGACCAAGGAGACUGCUCUCAAGCCUAAGAAAGCUCCUGCCGCCGCGCUCGCUGCUCCUGAAUCCAAGCCACUCUCUCCAGCUGCGAAAGCGUAUGCUGCGAAGAAGGCCAUGGCUAGCGGCGUUCAGGCCAAGGCCGGUGCUUCGAAGCCAAAGAAGAAGCUGCCCGAGUCUGAUGAGGACGAGGAUGUCGAUCAACUCGCCAACGACAUUCUGAGUGAUGACGACGAUGACACUCCUGUCAAGCCCACUGCUCGCCCCUCGAGACGUGCUGCGGCGGCGCCGAAGUCCAAGUAUGUGGUUGACGACGAUGAUGACGAUGAGGAGGAAGAUGAGACGGCGGAUUUCGACGACGAUGAGAGCGACUGA